AGACGAGGAAGAAGAAGACGCGGAAACUGUUCGUCCGUGUGAAUCGUGCCAGAACGUGCUAUCUUCCAGAACGAUGAGUACAUGAAGACCAGUGUGUGGAGAAGGUCAGCCGUCUGUACCUCACCUGAAAUCCAACCAUGGCCGCUGCUUUUUCCGUCUUUUUUCUGUUCUUGUGCCUGCGGACCAGCUUCGCUGAAGAGGAGCUGCUCCCCCCACAGAACGUGACCAUCAUCAGCUUAAACACCAACUACACCCUGAGCUGGGCCUGGGACCGGAGAGCUGCACAGAGUCACAAUGUUACCUUCACUGCACAGUAUAUGGGGAAGUUCCGCAUGAAGAAGGCUCCGAAAUGGCGCACAGCGUGUGAGCAGACAUCACUCAUGUCAUGUGACCUCACCAAGUUGAACCUUCACUACUUUGCCAUAUAUGCGAUUCGUGUACGAGCCAAUGUGAAGGACUGGCACUCGACGUGGGAAAUGAAGUAUUUCCACCCACUUCAAGAUGCUGCUGUGGGUCCUCCAUCCAAAGUGGAUGUUGAUGUAAUUGGAGGUGACCUGGAAGUUUACAUCUCAGAUCCUUUGACCAGCCAAAACACCUCCAUGAAGGACAUCAUUGACAAAUUGUACUUCCACAUCAUGUACUGGGAACGCUCUGCAGACCCACAGGCCUUACAGUACCAGACACUGAACACCAACGCCAAUGUCGUGACUCUGCCCAACCUGACGCCUUGGACGUGGUACUGCGUGAGGGUCCAGUCACGCUCGGACGCUGAAAACAAGCUCAGUACUUUUACCUCACCACUCUGCCUGCAGACUGAAGGUGCUACUCCAUGGUGGCAGAUCGUUUUGUACUUCCUGCUUUCUCUGGUGAUCUGUUUCCUGAUUGUGUCAUUCGCUCUAUAUGGACCCUUUUGGUGCUACAAGAUCUUUAAGUCAACAUUUUACCCGACCGUCCAGCUGCCGUCAUACCUUGAUUACAUUUGUGAUUCUCCUCAGUCCGAUAUGCCUAAGCUCCUCACUCCGGAUUCUAAAUCAGAGCUGGUGUGUGAUAGAGUGACGGUCUGUGCAGAGCCAGCUCUCCUGGAAAUCCACAGUCCUCCACCCGAGGAGCGCUUCGUCAACUACUCAGGGUUUGAGCCGGACAGCAGUGGCAGACACAGUCGCCAGAGCAGUGGUGGCAGUGGGGACUCUGGAGUUUACUCCACAAAGAGCAGCUCUGGCCUGAAGCAGAUCUCCAGCUGCCAGUCUGAGGAGUCCUGGCAGACCCCAUGUGACCCAGAGCUCGUGAAGCUGCGUGAUGUGGAUCCAGGUCUAGAGAGUCGCCGUCUGAUCAUAGACGAAGGCAUUGUAGACAUGUCGGUGUGAAAGCGUGUCCUGGAAGACCCCCAGCAGGCUUCAGAUCAGAUUUCUGAACAGAAAGAAUGAAUGAAGGGAAUAAGUGCAGUGUGCUUCUCCUCCUGUGAGAGGAGGUGUCGCGUUGUGUACAAACAGACUCACCUGAUAUUUAGGUGACACUUUCCACUCGCAUCUGAACGUGCAGAUUGUGAACCUUUUAUUUUGGUGCCAACCAGGACUCCUGGUAACGCUGACUUAAAUACUGUACAUUCCCCUCCGCUGUCGUCUUAAUCCUGCAUUCAUGAUGCAAGCGGUCAGUGUGAGAGUGUGACAUAAAGAUCAGCCAAUGGGGCGGAGUUUUUCUGAGCAGCUUAUUCUCUGCAGCUACAAGAUAACAUGUAGAAAGCAUUAGCUGAACAUACCCUGAAGGCAAAUGUACAGAAUACAGUAUAGCAAGUGGGAGCUCUCACACUGGACUGGUUGUCAGUAGCAGGCCUUCAGGAUCCUAAGGGGGCCAAAAGUUUGGAUCAAAUCCCAAACAAACCUGUGGAUUGCUACCUAAACCCAACUUGCAUUAAAUUCAUGAACACUCAACAUUUGAGGAAACAGCUCAAACAGACCUGCUGAUGAUUCAUUCUGAACCCAAAUGAAGGGGGACCAAGUCUUUGCCAUAAGACUCAGCAGCAGCUUUAGGCCUUUGCCUGUGAAACAUCGGAAUCAUUGUAAUCACACAUGAAAAGUGAGAGAGAAUAGACUUGAAGUGCACAUUACGCAACUUAUUUAUCUGUUUUUUCUCAUCGUGUCCGCAAGCAGUUAUUUCAGGCAGAAGAUCGUAAUGAGCUAACGCUGUGGAAAUGUUUUAAGCUUUUUCUCUGUGGAAGUGACCGAAUAUAAGCUGUGGUUCUAGGGACAAUAUUUCUUCAACCCACUUAAAAUCAUCCUAAUUACACGUUCCAUUUUAAAUAGUUACAUGGAGGCAUUACACAGAAUCAUGCUUUAUGCUGGAAAUAUAAAUGUUUUUUUUCCCCUUUAGGUUCAGCCAUCAUUCAGCUUUGUAUUUCAAUACUUCUUAAUAUUUCGAAAUUAUUCAGCCAUUAUUCAAAGUUCAAACGCUUAAAGAUACCCAGAUGUAUGUUAUGUUUCCUUGCACUGCACCUUAUUUUUAUGGUGUUUUUAUGAAGGAGUUCCACCAUCAGCAGCUGCCAAACAGCUUUUAGGUGCAUUACCGCCACCUUCUGCCCGUAGGAAUGCAUAAUUUAUUGCCAUGUGCCAGUAAAUACUUCCCUUCUCAAGUAUUUGAUUUUGUAAUUUAAUAACUAUUGAUAAAUUUUUAAAUCAUGAUCCUGCCUUUAUUUAAGCAACAAUAGACCCUUUAGGAGACUUUUUUGCUCGUAUAUUCACAAGUGUUCAAGUGUUCCUGAAAGCUAUUUCCAAAGAGUUAACAUAAUCUUACUCAUAGGAGGUGCUCUGCUGGAAUAAUCCUGACAUUGAGCAACUAUUUCCAUCUGCUUUCAGUUGCAUCCCACACUGUUUCUCUACUAAUGAAGUGUGUCACCUCUAGUUUUAUGUAUCCUGAUCUACAGUGGUGGAAAAAAGUUUUUGGACACCCCAUGCUUUUGUGAUAUUUUACAUUAAGAAUCACUCUUAAAUAAGCCAUUGAACUCUGUCUAGUAUUGGUCAUGUGGUCCCUUUUCCACAAGAAUUGUUCUGUCGAGGUCAAAAUCUAAAGAAUUUACAGUAGUUUUGCUUUUUUUUUUUUCUCAACAAUAAAGAAAAAAUAUUCGUCUAAUAUUUGUCUGUGUCUCUCCGAUGCAGCCACAUCUUUUGAAACGCACAAAAAAAAAAAUUUCGCAAACAUUUCAUGAUGCUAUUUGAGAUAGUGUAAAAUUUUAAGGGUGUCUGAAAACAUUUUUUUCCAUUGCUGUAUCUUGACACUUCAUUAGCACUGGCACUAAAAUCCAAACCUUGGAAAUGAUGCAGUGACAUUUGCCCGUUUUUUACCAUAAAAAGUCAAAAUGCCAACUGUGAAAAUAGCUGUUUAGACAAAAAAGUAAGGUUUUGGAUUCUACCUCCACCUCUGCCAAAAUGUUCCUUUUUGAGUGGACUGUUAAGGUUUAGGCCAACCCUCUGAACUGUCUCAGAUGAUUGAGGUGUUUUAUAUUAGAUGUUUUAUUCUGAUUGGGCUGUAAUUCUUUAGUGGAUUAUUAUGAACCGAUUGGAAGGUCAUGGGACUGAUGUGUUAGAUUGAAAUAAUGAACCCAAAAACAUUACAUCUCUAGUCCUACAGAGGCAUAAGAGUGCCAAAUGUAAUGUACAGGAGGCAUAUGUUAAUGCAGAAAUGCUACACACAGUGUGUGUAGGGGCUGCUACCAAAAUGCAAAAUGUAACUGAUGAUAAAAACAAUUGUGAUUAUUAUUAUUAUUAUUAUUUUUUUUUUUAUUCUUUUUGUUUACUGUGAAAAGUUGAGUCGUGCUUUUCAGGGUACAUUUGUUCUGAAUAAUGUCAGGAUUUUUUUCUCUUCAUUCACGGGCAUGAAUAUAAAUGGCCCAUGGCAAUCUGCUUUGCCGUCAAGCUUAAAAUAUUUAUCUAAAUACUGAAAAACAGGGAAGGAGAUGAGAGCUGCUUAUUUUCUACCACUGUGUCCUGACUGGGAACAGUGCACCCUUUACACAUGUGAAUUUGGAUUAAUAUUACAGUCAUGUACAUAUUAAAAAAAACUGCACUGUUUGUCUACGGCAGUGCUGGUCAUUGCCACGUAUGGCCCUACUGAUGUAAACCUUUAAAAUAGAUCUAUUGUCUAAAAAUGUCUUUGUCCAUUUGAAAAAGUGAAACAGAAGAUUCCACCUUUUAAAGGAGGGAUUUUUCAGGAUGUACACCGAUCUGAAUCCAUAAAGUGCUGAAAUUACAUUGCAAAAAGAGAUUUUUUCAGUUGAUUUCUCAUUUUGAGUGUCAUUGUUUUCUUUUGUUUUCUUUUUUUUUUUGUCCGAAAGAGUACUUUAGAAUUGCUGUUUAUGGUUGAAUCACUUACCUUAACUUUUAGCACUGAUGUGUGUUCAUUCUUGUUAAAAAGUUCAUGUUUGAGAGCAUCUCAAUCCUUUGUUUAUGGUUCUUAUAGAAUCUUUGUGUCAUUUGCUGUUUUUUUUUUUUGUUUUUUUUUUUAAUAUCUGUUUUAAAUCGUGCUUCUUGUCUGAUUGUAUCACGUUAGGUUGCACUCGCACUUGGUAUUAUUGCAUUUAUUGAAUUCAACCUAGAAAAAAAGAUGAUCUUCGCUCCGUGUACAGCAUAUUCCACAGCUUCCAUCUGCUUCAUCUAAACAGAUAGAGACUGCUUUUUAACCUGAACAGGAUCUGAAUAUAAAUCUGAUAAGUGGAAAACGAUCAGAUAAAUGUGUCGGUGUGCGUUUGUUGUGUUUAUGCUCAGUUCACGUAACAUAUUGAACUCAACACUUAAAGUUGUGUUUCUUUUUCCUAGUCAGAAACUUCCAUCUGCUUUAAUGCCUUAACAUCCUAUCACUGUUUGUUGUGAUGUGUGUAGAAGCUGUAAAUAAGCAUAUUGUGAGGAAAUGUACACAAAGCAUCUGCAGCACUCAUGUUAAUGGACAAUCACUGAAAUUAAAGGAUCUCCGAUGUCAAAA